AUGUUGGGCAAGCCUGUCCUUUCUUCAAAGGCGCCAGCGCCGCUCCCGUUCCUGUCUCAGGCCAUAUCAAUCAAUGGAUUUAUCUUCUGCUCUGGGCAGAUUGGCGUUGAUCCGUCGACAGGAGUCCUGGUUGAAGGCUCUAUUCAGGAAAGAACGAAACGAAUCAUGCUCAACCUCAACGCAGUCUUAGAGGCAGCAGGAACAGACCUCACGAAUGCGGUCAAGGUCAACAUCUUCCUUACGAGUCUCAAGGACUUUCCGGCAGUGAACGAGACGUAUAUCGAGUUCUUUCCAGGAGACGUGAAACCGGCGAGAACAUGUGUUGGAGUUCGAGAACUUCCUUUCGGGACCGAUGUCGAAAUCGAGUGCGUGGCAGCUGGUGGAUCGCCGGGAACACGACUGUGA